AUGACAAUACCGACAUCAUCUCACCACGAUGAAUCAUUGACAGAAACAGACGACGACAUUCAGAUAUCACUUGGACAACAUACACCAUAUCAUCACAAUAAAUCCACUGGUGGAAUCAAUAACACACAGGAUACAACUGUGGAAAAUGAAGAAGAAGAAGGAAGAAAGUGUCGUGGAACAGGAACACCAGGACAUGAAGUGAAUUUCAAACAGGAGGAUGUUCAAAACGACAGCACAAUAAUAACAACUCAAAGAAGUCUUCUGCAUCAGAAACAGUCAUCACAUGAAUCAGAAGAAAACAUUUGCAAUGAGAAGAAUGAUGAUAAGCAUAGUGGCGAUAGUGGCAGUGAAACAUUUGAUCACAAAACACCAACUCAUCCGCAUCCAGCACAAAAACCAGUGAAACCAAUUCUACGCAGUGACGACAGUUCAGUAACAACACACGUUGAAGAAGAGUCUACAUUCUACUCGACUAUGCAUCAAAGACGCAUCAUAGAUCUUCAAUUCUUGGAUAUCCUCAACAGAACUAGAAUGAUUGGUGGAAAAAUGAUGCUGACAGAAUACUCACCUGAACAGUAUUACAAAGAGACACUAAUCAUACCAGAAUUACUCUGUCAAACACAACAUAAUUCAUUUGAACAGAACCACCGACUCAAUGAUAUUCAUGGCAGUAGUACUAGCAGUCGCAGUGGUCUGCAGUUAGACAGAAACAGUGUUGAGGUCGGUUGCGGUGUAUCAGAAUAUGCCCAAGAUUCAACGCUAACCGAGAAUGAGGCAAGUUAUCGUUCUAUUGCACCGACUAGGAAAGCUUUAAAAUUAGGCGCCAUUGAAGAGAUGCUGUGUGCUCCACUAGUGAACACUGGAAUUCAUAAAGAGGCAAGCAGAUCAGAUGAAGCGGUUUUCGAUGCUCUGAAAGGCAGUGGUGAAGAGAAACCAGUUGCCUAUUUUGUAGAACAAGAGUGUCAGAAUAACCAAGAAAGUCAUUGGCCAGGUAGAAUAUAUAUGCCUUUAACGCCAACAAUUGAAAUUCAAACAACACCAUUACUCGGUGUUCCAUUGAAUCAAUAUACCAUGACAACAUGUUGUUCAGUAGAGGUGAAAGCGGAGAAGGAGAACGGAGAGAGCAGGGAGUGGAGGAGGACGACGAAGAAGGAGGAGGCGACGAGUGACGACAUCAUAUCUUCACCGAAUCAACAACAACACCCAAUGGAACAGUCGUCUAACAAGGCUGUAAUGCAGAAACCAAUCAACGCAUAUCUCAGUGACACACAGAAUCAAAAUUCUAAAGCAAAUGAUAAUAAGCUGAACUUGAUAACCAACUUUAGGGAUAACAAUAAUAAAAAAGCACACCUGAAGAAGAGGAGUAUAUCGUUAUCACUUGACAAACUGACACAAUCACAUCUGUCAAUAUCAAAAUUUAUACUACGAUUGAAGAUUAGAUCAAGAAGUCUCGGAAGACUUGAUCUGCAUCAUCUAAGCAUUGAAGAGGGAAAAGUGUCAGGAGUAGACGAUUCAGAUGAGGAACAGAUUGAAAUUUCUGCACGGAUACAUCCUUUCAAUUUCAAGGAGGGAAUCCAUAAGGAGGCGAAUUUAGGCCAGACAAUAUUCGCUACGGAACAAUCAUCUUAUCAUGAUGAAAUUGGUUUCAGGCGAGAUGUACCUCAAGAAAGGAGUGAUGAUAAAGUGGAGAAAACAGAAACUGAAAAGCGUCAGAUUUGGGAAAAUGAAGCAGUAAUUGAAACACAACUACCGCCACCACCACCACCACUAAAUACUGAAGACUCCUUCAGUGGUUCACAGACUAAACACAUGGAACAAUUAGAGGCAAUCGAUCAACCAGUUCUACUCAAGGAGGAUAAUACCAAAAACCUCAAAUUCAAAAUAGAAGCUGAGAAAACUAUUUCUGAAAUACAGUCACCAACACAAACACAACAAGAACAAGAACAAGACGAAGAGAGAAAUGAGGCAUACAAUGAUCACGAUGACGAUGGGGAGGAGGCGGCGACGGAGUCGAAAGGGUUGAGUCUACCACUGCCAAUCGAAAUCGGAGGAGGAGAAGGUAAUGACUCAUUUGUAGAGAAGUAUGAAAUUGUCCCUAGAAGAACAAAUGAAGAAACAGACGACGACCAGUUGGAGGCUAUUUCAUCUGAACAAAGUGAUGAGAAUGCGGAAGAAGAAGACAUGCAUAUGACGACAACAACUUCGAGUUGUGGUGAAGAGUCAGCGAAACAUUCCCUACCCACAUCAAACUUAUUAUUAUUAUCACCAUCAUCAAUCAAGGAACCACAUUGUGCGAAUGAAAUUAUCCUAGAAAGUAGUCUGAGCUACAAUGAAGUCAAUCGACAGACAACUGCAAAAUUAACAUACACCACGACAACUGCAUCGGUGCCAGCUCACAUGAAUGAAUUCUUAACAAUAUCAAUGACAUCUAUUGUAUCACCAUCAAUCCACUAUAGAAGUGAGCUAAGCUUUACUCAUCAACAUUCUGAACAGAUAAAGACAAGUACACCGACAACUCUGAGUAAACUGAGUGAAACACCAGUGCCUACAAAGAGUGGUGAAUCAACAACCAGCUCGAGUAUUUAUUAUACUGCUCAAAGUAAUCCAAGUGGUUAUGGUGAAAUUGAAGUAGAAGUCAACGAACAAGACGUUGUUCUUCCUGCUGCUGCCGCUGUUGCUGCUGCUGCCUCUGUUAGCGUUGACAAGAAGGAUUCAUAUGAUGAGUCUACAUUGAAAGAAGAAGAUAAAACUCCAAUGCAGAAUGAUGAUGAUGCUGUGAUAAAUGAAGCAGAAAGAGAGACGACUGGCACAGAAACUGUCAAGGCGUCAUCAUCAUCAUCAUCGCCAUCGCCAUCAUCACAGAGUGAAGCACAACCUGAUCAUCUACACCAAAUCGAAGAAGUAGAAGGAGAAGAAGAAGCUAGUGAACACGUUGAUGAAUUGAAAGAGAGCAUAGAGGAGGUGAAUGUGGAGGCUAUUCAAUCAGCUCCUGAUAUACUCAAUUGCAGUUUAUCAGAAAACAUUGUAACAUAUAAUGUUGAUGGAGAGUUGAAUGAACAAAUCGCUGUAGUCAGUCUAGAAGUAGAUCAUGCACAACCAAGUGACAUCGUAGACAUACACGACAUGGACACUGACACCGGAGUCAGUAAACAGCUUCAUUUAACACAGAUUACUACUGAACAGCCACUAGACGAUGAUGAAAAUCAUCAAUUCCAAGAGUUGACUGAUGCAACAGAGCCACUUGUAGACGACUCACAACCGCCUAUAACUGUAGCCCGUACAGUGGAAGUAGAGCGACAUCAUGAUGAUGAUCAUGAUGAUGAUGAUAAUGAGUUGGGUGAAGUUUCCAUGAACAGACAACAACCGUAUCAAACGACAAGCCAUCCAAUUAAUAUUAAAGAAACAAGCAAGGUGAUGCAAGAACAUUCAGCCAAAUCAGAGAAUAAAAUACUACUCAAACAAACACAUGAAACAGUUAAAAUGGAAGAUAAACAACCAGAAAUGGAAACAAUCCACGAAGAGAAAUACCACGAUUUGUACAAUGUGAAAGAUGCUAGAGAGAAAAAUGUACCUUAUGAAAGUGUCAGUGUGUUGGAUCGAGUUCCUGAUACAAUCACUUCUGGACUGGAACGAAAAGAAGAAGCUGAGAGUCGAAGUCCCAAGUUAGUCAAAAAACAACACGCUGUUGUGAUGAGGGAGACUCCUAUUAUUAAUACGGCACCACCUCAACCAGAAGACCACGACAACGACGACGACGCCGCCGACGACAGACAAGCGAAGUCUACAAAACUGGAAAUAUCUAAAGUCCCAGUAGUCAUGGACAAUCUAACUCUUGCAAAAACUGAUACAAGAGCAGAUACACCAGUCAUUGAAUUCAAAACAGUUGAUAGUCCUUUCGAGAUUCGAAUAAAACCGAUGGAAGUAUUACAAGCUACAGGGAAAUCUGUAAGUCAAACAUUUGGUGAUGAUGACGAGUUGGAUGAGAUAAAACACCCAGAAACUUCAGACAUCCACCUACCUGAGAUGUUCACCUUAAAUGAAUAUGAAGAUAAGUGUGAAGUGAAGGAGUUAACAACAACACGAGGCGAAGAUGAAGAGGAACACUGUCAACAGAUGAAACACGAGAAGGAAUCACCACCCACCACCAAUUCGGUGGUGGUAUGUGUUCUUGUCCAAGUACAACAAACACCAGAUACAAUAAUAAUGAGAAAGGAGGACAAUGAGAUGUUAACGACCCCUGAUGAAUUGAAACAAAGUUAUUCUCUUAUGGAUAAUGAAGAGGAAGAGGCAGAAGGAGAGAUUGUGCAGACUGAAGGAGUCGAUAUAACUGAUUACUACUUACAGUCUCCACUAGAGGACAAGAUAACUAUUGACAAAGAAGACGAAGAAGAACAAGAAGCCUACCAUGACAUCAAAGUCAACCAAUAUCAUAAAACAAAUGUAACAACUAAAUUCAAUCUUACAGUGAAUCACUUCGAUAUAGAUGACAAGAUGUUCUCAUGUUCACAAAGUGGUAGAGACAUUCAACCACCUACAGAUUUGUCAAGUGAAACUCAAAGAUUACCAUCACCGCUCUCACCAACAUCAUCCUCCUCCUCCUCCUCGGAAGCGGUUGAUCAUCAUGAAAUCAUGCAACGACAAGAAGACCAAGAAGAAGCAGAAGAAGAUCCAACAAUGAAGAGACAUUUUACACAACUCAAAGAAGACGUGAAUAUCUUGAAAAUAACCUCGAAAUGUACAUAUACAAGUACACCAUUGAAAAAUUAUUCAUUGAGACAAAGAACUACAACAACUAGAAUCCCCUCCUCCAGUUUUGAACGAUCUACAUCACCACAAGAAUACACUGUCGCUUCUACUGUCUGCCUACCACACUCCGAUGGUACAACCACUGCCAACACCACCACCACUGCCACAUAUUCAGAAAGUCCUUAUCCAGCCCCAACCAGCUCACCAUCGAUGACCAAUCUAGGCUGGCUGUUAGAUUCCUCCUCCUGUCUAAUAAGCCGAUUUGAUGAAAGACUGAAUAAACAUCUUAUUGAAGUAUCACCUAAUAACAGGAUAUUUAAGAAAGCAACUAUCACAGAAACCAGUCACCAUCAGCUACCAACUAUCACAGCAACUGAUCAAAGUCCAUCACAAGAACAAACAACAACAGCAGCAACAGCACCACCAACAACAAACAGACCUGAAGGAAAUCAACUUCGUAUAACCAUCUCUCAGAGUAUACAUUUCAAAGGUGAUAAACAUACUACAUCACACAGUGAAAUCAAGAAACCAACAAGCUCACUAGCACUAGUCGACGAGGAAUCUGAAGAGAUGUAUAUAGCCAGAAAACUGACUAACGAAGCGCUUAACAAAGCUAUUGGCAAACUGUCUAUCGGCUAUACAGACAUUCCCUCACCACCAACACCCCCACCAGCAUUGAGUUAUUCAACUCAAAUUACACAAAAGAAGAACAAAGAAACACAACAACAACAACAACAGAAAUUCUCUGAUGAAGAAGGAGAAGGAGAAGAAGAAGAGAUUAUAACACGAUUACGACAAGAAUAUAAUAUACAAUUACCUUCAAGAAUUAUUGAUCAGCAUCAUCGGUCUACACAAAGUCCACUGACUAUAAUCAUGAGUACAACACCAGAGGAUACAACUGCACCCACGCCAACAACAUCAAUCGAUACACCAUUCAAAAUUGAACAAGAUGUCUACAGUGAAGUGUCGAAACAAACAAUCGCUAUUCAUGCUAAAACACGCAUAUACAUGUUUGAAGCGGAUGAAGGUGAAACAAAAGAAGAAGCACAAGGAGAACAAGAAGGAGCAAAGGAAGAAGAAAUGAAAGAUACUGAUGUGUAUCCAGUGAAUGAUGCAAAUGUGAUUCAGUCAAUAUCACAAGAAUGUAGCCUCAAUAAAACUGACAAUCAAGUUGUCUUACAAACUUCACUAUUAGUUACAAGUCCAAAGUAUCUGACACAAUUGAUUGAUGAAGAGAUUACUGAUUUCCGUGUAGAACAACAGCAUAUCGGUGUGAUCAGUGGAUCAGAUUACAGCACCCUGGCGAAAUACUCCCCAAUGGACGGAGGCAAUGACGAUGACGACGACAAUAACAGAGAGGUGGAAAAUCUUUCAAGAUUAAGAGAAAGGCAAGAGCUCCAACAACAACAACAACAACAACCACAACAACAAUCUCCAGAUGGAAAAACAGUUACUAUCAGUCCUACCAGUGUUGUCGAUGACUAUAUGGCAUCAGAAGACAAUGACGACGAGGAGGAGGACGAAGGCAAGUCGACACAACAACAAAUACAAGAAGAAUUAUCUGCGCUUAGUUUUGCAGCACCAUCAACACAUGAAUUCAGUGGACCAGUGAAGAAACGAGGCAGUGAUGACAGAACACAAAAUGACCAGCCGGUAGAAGAAGAAGAAGAAGAACAGGAAGAUUUCACCAGACCGCCUGAUUAUGUGUUAACACAAACCUAUCAGGAAAUAAGUGCUACAGAUGCAAUAACUAUCAGUCAGUCAGCAGAUCAUCCUAUCAACGAUGUGAUGAUGAUGAUGAAGACCGUGAUAUCUUGAGUCGACUAACAACACCACCACCACCGCCG